CGGUAUAUAUAGGGGGAGCUUCCCUGGGGCUGCACUCCAGCCAAGGCAUCGCCGUCUCCCCAGCAGCGGCGCUGCCCCUUCUGCUCUCCCCUUGCAGCCACAGGUCUCAGCAGCAGCAGCAGCAGCAGCAUGGACAUUACCAUCCAGCACCCCUGGUUCAAGCGUGCUCUGGGACCCCUCAUUCCAAGCCGUUUGUUUGACCAGUUUUUUGGAGAGGGUCUCCUGGAGUAUGACCUCCUGCCUUUGUUCUCGUCCACUAUCAGCCCCUACUACAGGCAGUCCCUCUUCCGCAGCGUGCUGGAGUCGGGCAUUUCAGAGGUGAGGUCUGAUCGGGACAAGUUCACAAUUAUGCUGGAUGUAAAACACUUCUCUCCCGAAGACUUGAGUGUGAAGAUUAUUGAUGACUUUGUGGAAAUCCAUGGCAAGCACAGUGAAAGGCAGGACGACCACGGCUACAUCUCCCGGGAAUUCCACCGCCGGUACCGCCUGCCCGCCAACGUGGACCAGGCUGCCAUCACCUGCUCGCUGUCCAACGAUGGCAUGCUGACCUUCUCGGGCCCCAAGGUCCCCUCCAACAUGGACGCCAGCCACAGCGAGAGGCCCAUCCCCGUGUCCCGCGAGGAGAAGCCCACCUCCGCGCCCUCCUCCUGAGCCCGCCGGCCGCCGCGCCGGGCAGGCUGCCACCUCCCGCAGGCCUCGCUCCCGGAGCCUUUGCGUAGAUAUCAGUGAAUAUCUGGAGGGGUUUCUUCUUCUGUUGGUUCCUCCCCCACU